GAGAAUUUGGUCCCCGAUUGCUACGGAUUUUACAUCUCCUCAUGAAAUAUUUGCUCAUUUUAGCAAAUGUAGGGGCACUUUUCAACCCAUAACGUCAAGAAAUUUGAAAGAAACGGACACGUAUGAUUAUAUAAAAAAUUCAUUCGAAGAUGAAAUGACGUCUGAUCUCACUAUUUUAGUCGAAGGAAAAGAAAUCAAAGUACAUAAGGCUGUGUUACGGAUUCGUAGUAAUUAUUUCAGAAGCUUGUUGACAGAAAGAUGGAAAGAAAACGAAGAAAAGACUUUGGAAAUUAAAGAAAGCACCUACGUUGCUUACAAAGCGUUGGUUGAAUAUUUUUACACUAACACUUUAAAUGUGCCAUUUUGUUCAGCCUUUGAAUUGCUCGACUUGGCUCGAGUGCAUUGCGAAGAAGAAUUGCAAGAGAUGUGUGAGAAAGUUAUAAAAAAUAACAUCAAUGUUGAUAACGUAUCCUCGUCGUAUGCGACUUCAAAAAUGUUGCGAUUCGAAGAUUUAAAAACUUUCUGUAUGGGAUUCAUAAAGAAUAAUUUUUCAAGCGUUGUUGUGGCUGAAGAUUUCGGUCAAUUAAAUCUGACAACGGUGCAAGAAAUUCUAAAGGAAGCACGCAUCUCGUAAUUCGGUUUUCAAAACCUAAGACUUCAUUGAGUGGAUAUUGUAUUUGUUUCAGUACUCAUUUUUUUGGAGUACUUAUUUAUGUUUUAAAUUUUACUUCUGUUUUUAAUGGUAUAUCAUGUUGAAACCAGACAUAGAUAUUGAGUAAUUUACUUUUUUCUGUACCUAUACCUACUUCUCAUUUUUGUUUUCGUAAAAAAGUGAUCCCAAGUUUUUUCUUGAAAAAUAAAAUUCUUGAAUCAUAGAUAAACGUUAACGUACCUAUUGUGUCACUGUACAUAGGUACUUGGCAGAUAAUCAUAUGUAUUUUUGAGUAUUGAGUAGAAUUGAUA